AUGUUACACCAGACUGAAUAUGUGCCUCAGCAAUACAAGCUGAAGGAAACGCCGGAAACUGUUAACGAGCGUGUGGAAACCUCCAUCUUCCUGCAAUCGUUUGCGGCGAAAGAACUCACAAGACUCCCCUCCUCUUGGAGCUUUGAAGCUCUUCGAAGUAACGUUUUUCGCACAACCUUCUCGACGCCCGAGCACCCAUUGCCGCCAUUCCCAAGUGCGGUGCGGCCAUGUCCCAAAUUCGACGGCAUAACGCCUUCCGUCACUGGGGGGAAUGAUGGGUGUUCACGUAGUAUUACCCUCGGAAAGGUCAAGGUUGUGGUUGAAUGGUCGGGAGCACCUUUAGUUUCUGUUUUCCUCGAUGGUUCGCCGACGGCUAUCCAUAAAGACUUGCCUUUCCGCUCUUAUGCUACCGAUUCUACAGGAGUUGCUCACUACACAGCCUACAAGAAGGACACCCUUCAUGUCGGCCUUGGUGAGAAAGCUGCUCCCAUGGACUUGGGCGGACGUGGGUUCCUCAUAACUGCCUCGGACACUUUUGGUUAUGACGCAUAUCGUACUGAUCCACUUUACAAACACAUCCCCCUUCUGAUCAACGUUACUUCUGAAGGCUGCAUCGGGAUUUUCUCGACCUCCCAUGCUCGAGGAAGUUGGGCAGUAGGAUCCGAGAUUGAUGGCAUGUGGGGACACUACAAGGUGUACCGACAAGCUCAUGGAGGUCUCGAGGAGUAUCUCAUUGUAGGGAGUACCGUUGCUGAGGUCGUCCGAUCGUAUGCGGAACUCGUCGGGUUUCCACUCUUGGUACCACGGUAUAUGAUGGGCUAUGUCGGUGGCGGUAUGAAAUACAGUAUGGAAGACUCGCCACGGGCUUGCGACAGCAUUUUGAACUUUAUCAAGAACUGCGAAAAACACGACAUGCCGUGUUCGGCUUUCCAAAUGAGCUCGGGCUACACUGUAGCCGAGACUGAGCCCAAGACCAGAAACGUGAUGACAUGGAACCGGCACAGAUUUCCUGAUCCACGAGCUUUCACCAGAGAGUGCCAUCAGCACGGAGUACGUCUUCUAGCCAAUGUCAAGCCUUACGUUUUGGCGAAUCAUCCCAACUACCGGGAAUUGCAGGAAAAUGGGGCAUUUUUCACGGAUCCGGCCACCAAAGCGACCGCAGUCGCCAGACUGUGGAGUGCCGGUGGUGGUGAGAGUGGGGAAGGCAGUCAUAUAGACUUUACAUCGGCUGCUGGAUAUGACUGGUGGUACAAAGGAGUCCAAGAUCUCAAAAACGUAGGGAUCGAUGCCAUGUGGAACGACAACAAUGAGUAUAAUAUGCCGAGCGAUGAUUGGCAAUGCGCACUAGAGAAAGUUGUGGUCCCUGAAGGGUUGAGCCGUCGAGAUAUUGGCCUUUGGGGUCGAGCUAUGAACACAGAACUCAACGGGAAGAGUUCUCAUGAUGCGACAGUCGAAGCUGAACCGGAUGCUCGUCCUUUUGUACUUACUCGGAGUGCUACUGCCGGCACAAUGAAGUACUGUGCCAGUUCAUGGAGCGGUGACAAUGUCACAAGCUGGGAGGGCAUGAAAGGGGCCAAUGCCUUAGCCCUCAACGCCGGGUUCUCUCUUCUUCAGUGUUAUGGUCAUGAUAUUGGCGGGUUUGAAGGCCCUCAGCCAACCCCUGAGCAUCUCGUUCGAUGGAUUCAACUUGGAAUUCAUUCGCCUCGCUUUGUCAUCAAUUGCUACAAGACGAAUCCGGACGACAACCUGAUUGGCGACGUGAUUGAGCCCUGGCAAUACCCAUCGGUAAACCCUAUUAUUCGAACUGCCAUAAAACGACGCUACGAGCUCGUCCCCUACACAUACUCACAAAUGCUCAAGUCUCAUCGUGAGGCUAUUCCACCUCAGCGCUGGACCGGCUGGGGUUAUGAAUCUGACUCCAACGUCUGGUCAAAAGAAAUACUCAAAGGCGACACGCAGUAUUGGUUUGGUGAUGCGCUACUUAUAGCCGGCGUUUAUGAGCCAGGAGUGAGCUCUGCAAAGGUCUACUUGCCUGGGCACGCCACGGACCCUGGGUUCCUGAAUUUGUCAGCUCCACAUCAGUAUCUUCAAUCCGGCAAGUGGCAUGAGAUCUCAUCUACUUGGCAUACUUCGAUCCCGGUGUUAGCUCGUAUAGGGUCUGCCAUUCCCGUAGGCAAAUGCAUACCAACGACUUGUCGGGCGGAGAACGACCCAGAGUUCCCAAAUAUGGCCAAGGAUGACUGGCGUGGGGUUGAGAUAUUCCCUCCUCCGGCUCCCCAUCACCCUGGGCUGCCCAGCAACAUUGAUAGCGCAAAAGGUUCUUCAGGUCCCGGAAACUGGUUCACCAGUGACUGGCUAGAAGAUGACGGCGUGAGCCCUGCGCACAAGGCAGACCUUUUUAUGGUCAACGUCUCAUACCGUGUGUCGGAUAAUGAUAUUGAAGUGAAGGUGAUUUGCAAAAAGGAGGGCGACUUUGAACCGCUUUGGGCCAACGAUGGUCUCACUAUCAUAUUACCUGUUGGCGAUGAAAGAUCAGUCAAGGUUGCAGGCGAAAACCAGACAGCAACUCUGGAGGGGAACCGUGAUGAGAAGGGCAGACGCACAUGGAAGGUCGCAGUAGAGCAUAGUACUUGA